UGACACAACACACCCACGUUGACCACACAAAGAAGCAAACACACACGCGUACCCGUACCUGCUGAGUUGCGUGCGAGCAUGAGCGCGCUGUAUGACACGGCUGCAGGGGUGCUGGAGCGGGUGCGCCAGCACAAGGGAACCAUCAAGACGUUGUGUCUGGAAGCAGAGUACAAGCAAAAGAAGAAGCUCCUCGCCCUCGUGUGCCAAACAUUGAAAUACCAGCGUGCCGUCGAUGCUAUCAUCGCCAAGGCACAAUUGCUUGAGAAGGAGCCAACGCUGUCAAAGGAGCUGGCGCGUGUGCUGUGUCAUGAUCUCCUUAUUGGUGGUGUGCUGCGGUGCACAGGGAGCCUGUACGAAGCCAUCAUGAGACACAAGGACGAGCUUCAGACCGCAUUAGCCGACUUGAUGGCAGAGCGCGGCGUCGAUACAGCGAGCGCUCUAGCAGAAGACACCCUGGCCGAGUCAAUGCCACGCUACGCGCGCGUAAACCCGCUGAAGCAGCCAGAAGCAGCCACCCUCACAGCGCUGGAGGAAACAGGGUUCCAGCUGCAGCAGCUGCACGCCGCGGGCCCAAAGUCCACAACAACGCUGGAGUCGCGACAGCACUACUUCAAGGACACGCACCUGGACAACCUUCUCGGCUUUCACCCAAGGACGGACUUCCACACGCACUGGCUGUACCGUCGCGGCCACCUCAUCCUGCAGGACAAGGCAAGCUGUUUCCCCGCAGCCAUUCUGGCGCCACCACCGGGCUCUGUCUGCAUCGACGCGUGCGCUGCGCCCGGCAACAAGACCUCACACCUCGCUGCCCUCAUGCACAACAAGGGCACCGUCUUCGCCUUUGACAUCAGCAGGCGCCGCAUGGGAGUGAUGCGUCGCCAGCUCAAGCUUGCAGGCGUCACGUGCGUCAAGACAAUGCUCAAAAGCUUCCUCGACACAGACCCCACGCAUCCAAAGUUCAGAGAUGUCAAAUACAUCCUUUGCGACCCUUCGUGCUCUGGCUCUGGCAUUGUGAGCCGGCUGAGCGAUCUGGUGGACGUCAGCGAUGCCGGCGAGCCGCAGACGCAGGAGGAGAAGCAGCAGGAGCGGCUCAAGGCGCUGGCCGAGUUCCAGGUGCAGGUUGUGAACCAUGCCCUCUCCUUUCCAAACGUGGAGCGCGUCACCUACAGCACAUGCUCCGUACAUCAGGAGGAGAACGAGGAUGUUGUCGCUGCAGUGCUGGCUGCCAAUCCGUCCUUUGAACUUGCUGAAGCGCUGCCAUCAUGGCAUCGUCGUGGCCACAGUGACACGUUGCCAUCAGCGGCCAUGUGCGUGCGCACGGAUCCUGCGCAGGACUUCACAAACGGAUUCUUCGUUGCUCUGUUUGUUCGCAAGCCUGGGGCGCCGCGACCACAGUCUCAGAAGCAGCGCACCUCCAAGCGCAACAGCAGCACCAGCAAGGCGUCAGCCAGCGGUGAUCGCGGCAGUGGCCGGGGUGAAGGCACCACAACAAAGCGCGCCAAGAGCGCAGCGCCACAAGCCCCGCUUGUGCCUCGUCAGCGCCCGUCCAUGAAACAGCGGCAGAAGCGCAGCAAGGCCCGCCUUCGCUCCGUGGUCACACCCUCCCACUGACGCUCCUGCUUUGCGCGUGUGUGAGUGAGUGUGCAUGUGUGCAUGUGCGUGUGCAUGUAUGUGUCUGAUUGUGUGUGUGUGUGCGUGUGUGUGAUUGUGUGUUGGCUG